CACACACUGACACUCAGUGACUGCGACAGACACAGGGAAGCAGAUCCCCGGAGAGGACCCCAGUGGGCAUGGCAGCUUCUUACCCCCCAAAAAUCAGCCCAAUGCUGAUGACACCUGAUCCCCAUUUUAUCCCAGGGUAUGGCGGCUUCUGCCCCCAGUACAAGUAUAACAUGGGUAAGACCUAUGGGAAGCUGACCGGCCAACUGCUGACCAGUCCUGAUGUCCACCACUCAGGGCAGCUGGUGCUCCAGUCCUGUCCAUUCCCUCCACCUCGUUAUGAUACCAACCUGGGCAUGUCAAACAGGAGGAAACCACGUCUGGGAGACCACAAGCUCUACUGGAGUAUGAUUCCAGGUUAUACCGGCUUCAUCCCUAGAUCUCAGAAAUUCUUUGCUAAGACGUACGCCGAGACCACUCGGGAUGCCCUGACCGACUUUCACAAGGAUCAGGACCAGCAGCAGAGUCAUCUGAAGGAGCAGCUACUGGUCAGUAAACUUCAGAGUGGUCAGCAGCCGCCGCGGACUGAGCAUGAGAAGCAGCUGAUCACAGCCAAGUACCGGACUCCACUCCCAGCACUGUCUAAGGAGCCAGCGCCCUAUGUCUCUCCCAAUGCCUUCCAGAUACAGAUCUCCCCAUACUACAUGGAAGAGGAGGACCCCCAGAAGUAUUUCAUCUCAGGUUACACUGGGUACGUCCCCCGCUCUCGUUUUCUCAUUGGCACUGGUUAUCCCAUCACCACGAACAGAGCUAUAACAGAGUUUUCUGAAAUGACGCUGAAAAAAGGAUCCAAAAUAGGCGUCCAGGAAGCCCGAGAAGGGAGCAGACACCAGUCUGACCAGAGCCACAUCUACCUGGAGCAGCUGGGCCUACUGCCCCGCUAUACGGGAUAUGUGCCAGGUUACAAGUUUCAGUACGGACACACCUACGGCAACCUUACCGAAAAUGCACUGGGUCAGUCAACGCUGCAAAAGCAAAUGGUGAAUUAGGGAGCCACAGGAUCUACUGAGCCAAGAGCAGCUUCGCCCCCUGGUGGAUAAUUUAGUUACCUGCAGACACUCAAGGGCCAGAGUGAUAUAAUGAAGAUUCACAUACUUAUCCCGCAUUGCUGGCCGCACUGGUCUUCCACUGUUCAGCUGUGGUGGACACAACAAGACGGGUACGGGCCUAUGUAUAAAUGACUGUGUGCUAAAGCCAUAGGAAGUGAGACAAUCAUUAUUCCAAAGUGCAAAACAUGGAGACAAUUACUAAGUUUACAUGUAAUAAAUAUGUGUGCGAACACGUGUACAGUACGUAUCGCUUCCCUCUACAGUAAUAUAUGUUAUACUUUUCAAAUUACGUUCAAAACUAUGUUUUCUAAAAUUAUAGAAGAAAAUCUAUAUAUUU